AUGGUUGCAUGCAUCCUCUCAACUGAUGGAAACAGUUCCUCUGAUUUCAAGAGUAACACCACAGCCAGCACCGCAUUUUCACUGUCCAGCUGGCAGCUAGCCCUCUGGGCUGUGGCUUACCUCUUCCUGAUACUGGUGGCCCUCACAGGCAACAUUACCGUCAUCUGGAUCAUCCUGGCGCACAAGAGGAUGCAGACAGUGACUAACUAUUUCAUCGUUAACCUGGCCCUGGCUGACACCUGCAUGGCCACCUUCAAUGUCACCUUCAACUUUGUCUAUGCCAGCCACAAUAUCUGGUACUUUGGCCAAGCCUUCUGCCACUCCCAGAAUUUCUUCCCUGUCACGGCGAUGUUUGUGAGCAUUUAUUCCAUGAUGGUCAUUGCUGUGGACAGGUACAUGGCUAUCAUCCAUCCCUUCCAACCCCGGCUGUCGACCCGCCACACCAAGGUCGUCAUUGGGGCCAUCUGGCUGGUGGCCUCCGGACUGGCCUUCCCUCAGUUUUUAUACUCCACGGUCACUGUGGAUGAGGGGGUCACCAAGUGCAUCGUGGACUGGCCAGAGGACGGCGAGGACAAGGUCCUUGUGUACCAUCUCACCGUGAUCAUCCUGACUUACUUCUUGCCACUGGUGGUGAUACCUGUCACGUACAGCAUCAUGGGCGUCACCCUCUGGAGACAGGUCGUCCCCGGACACCCGCUGGUCAGGGUCCAGCAGAGGCCGAAACACAUUGCAGCAAAAAAGAGGUUCGUGAAGACCAUGGUGGUGGUGAUGGUGACUUUUUCCAUCUGCUGGCUACCCUAUCACCUCUACUUCAUCCUGGGCACCUUCCGUCAGGACAUUUAUUGCCACAAGUUUAUCCAGCAGGUCUACCUGGCCCUCUUCUGGCUCGCCAUGAGCUCCACCACGUACAACCCCAUCAUUUACUGCUGCCUCAACCAAAGGUUUCGCUCUGGUUUCCGACUUGCCUUUCGCUGCUGCCCCUGGGUCACCCCGCCUGAUGAAGACAAGCUAGAACUCUUCCAGAGCCAGUCACUGUUGAUGACCAUUCACAAAAACCAUACCAAAAUGUCCCUUUCUGUCAGAAAAGCGUCUUUCCCAGAAACCCCCAAGGAGUAGGAGGGAGACCUUGGGUACCAGCUUCCUAGUGACCUCUGAUGGCCAUCCCUUCCUCUGCUUUGCUGGAGUCACGAAUGGAAUCCCUUCUCCCUUAGUCCACCCCCAACUCCUCCCUUGGAAACAGCAAUACCCAGUUUGGAAAGUCAUUAACUGUCUAGUGAGAAGCAAAAAACAGGCUAUGGUCCUGGGCAGACAGAUAAUUUUCUGUAAGGGAGCUUCCUAGUUCAAGCCUGGGAAUUCUAUUAAAUUGGGUUUGUGCUAAAAAGCAACACAAAACAAAGCAGAGUCACCAAAACCAGACCAGAGAACAUCAACUGAUAUUUAUAGAUCACUUUAAUUUUUAAAGCACCCACAGUAACAGCAAGAUUGUAAGGUGACUAACUGUGAAUGACUUAGCUA